GCGGUCAACGCAAACAUUCUAUGUUACUUCGUGGAAGUCUGAUUGAUGUUGAUUUUAUAUGACUUAAACAUAGUUUAUCAGACUUUAUCAACAUGCCCAUAAUGAUUGAAAAGCCUGAAACCGAUCUCCAUAUUAAAAUCAAAUUGGAUAUUUUAUCUUAUAUACUGCGUCUUGUAAAAACAAAAUAUUUCGUUAUUUUGUGGUUCCUAGUGAUUCUCAUAUCGUUAAUUUCUGCAGCGAUGGUAGCGUAUGUAUUGUAUGGAUUUCGUGAGCAUAUAUAUGAUUCUUCACAAGCAACUAGAAUUGUCAAGAUCAAUCGAGAACACCAUACGCUAAUGAAAGAUGGGCGUCAGUUUCAGUAUUUAUCUGGUUCUAUACACUAUUUUCGUGUUCCCUUGAUUUACUGGUCCGACAGGAUAGAAAAGGCAAAAUCUGCAGGCCUUGACGCCAUUCAGUUGUAAGUAAU